CGGACACGAACUGGAGCAGCUGGAGGCGGAGGAGGAGGGGGACAAGUUUGCAGAGCGCAGAGCUCCGGCCAAUCAAUCAGGAGGCGGCAGCGGGGGCAGAGCCACGGGCUCCACGGCACUUUGCAAACUUCUUCUGGCAAGUAGAGGUCGCCUUGUGUGAGCCACAGACUGAGAGCCAGCCCUAGGCGAGCCGAAGCCGCAAGGAAGCGCUGCAUUCGUCGCUAUCAUCUCUGUCUCAUCGCCUUUUUCCUCCUCUCCCUGCAAUUCACGGGACCCCCGCCGUCUCGCACCCUUUGUGAGUUUCUCGCUCGCCAUGGCCCGGAUGGCUCUCUCGCCUCUGCUUCUUUGCACUUUAGCAGUUUGCUGCCUCUCCGUCUGGGCUGAUCUGAAGACCAAAAGUUGCACGGAGGUCCGGAGACUUUACAUCUCCAAGGGUUUCAACCAGAACGAUGCUCCCUAUCAUGAGAUCAACGGUGACCAUUUGAAAGUAUGUCCACAAGGACACACAUGCUGCUCCCAGGCAAUGGAGGAAAAAUACAGUCAACAGAGCAAGCAUGACUUCAAGCAGGCGGUCAUCGACCCGUGCAGCAGCAUGCAAAAUAUAUUCGCCUCCAGAUACAACAAGUUUGAUGAAUUUUUCAAAGAACUUCUUCAAAAUGCCGAAACAUCGUUGAAUGAUAUGUUUGUGAGGACUUAUGGAAGAUUAUACAUGCAGAACUCUGAACUCUUUAAAGAUUUCUUUGUGGAGCUGAAGAAAUAUUAUGUUGGUGGCAAUGUAAACCUGGAAGAGAUGCUGAACGAUUUCUGGGCACGACUUCUGGAGCGCAUGUUCCGACUAGUCAAUCCGCAGUUUCACUUCACAGAUGAGUAUUUAGAGUGUGUCAGCAAGUCCACAGACCAGCUGAAGCCUUUUGGGGAUGUACCACGUAAACUCAAGCUUCAGGUCACCAGAGCCUUUGUGGCAGCUCGCACCUUCGCACAAGGACUUUCAGUCGCAAGAGAUGUGAUCAACAAAGUGUCCAUGGUGAACCCAACACCUCAGUGUGUAAGAGCGAUAUUGAAAAUGACCUACUGUCCUUACUGUCGGGGGCUUGUGACAGUAAAACCUUGCAAUAACUACUGCCUGAACGUCAUGAGGGGCUGCCUGGCCAAUCCUGGAGACUUGGACUCCGAAUGGAACAGCUUUAUUGAUGCCAUGUUGAUGGUGGCCGAACGCUUGGAAGGACCGUUCAACAUUGAGACCGUCAUGGAUCCCAUCGAUGUCAAAAUCUCGGAUGCCAUAAUGAACAUGCAAGAAAACAGCGUGCAGGUCUCGGAGAAGGUGUUCCAAGGAUGUGGCCAACCAAAACCCAAUACCCAAGGAAGAGCUGCCCGAUCUGCUUCAGAAGUUGGUUUCAACUCUCGUUUCAGAGCCUAUUCCCCCGAAGAAAGGCCAACAACAGCUGCUGGUACAAGUCUGGAUAGACUGGUGGCAGAUGUGAAAGAAAAGUUAAAGUCCGCCAAAAAGUUUUGGUCUUCUCUGCCGGCCAAUAUAUGCAAGAAUAACUGGACUUCAGGAGCCAAUGAAGAUGAUUGUUGGAAUGGAAGCGAUAAGAGCAGGUACCUCUAUGCAGUAAUGGGAAAUGGGUUAGCUAGUCAGCUUAACAAUCCUGAUGUGGAAGUGGACAUCACAAAACCAGACAUGGUGAUCCGUCAGCAGAUCAUGGCUUUACGGAUAAUGACCAAUAAAAUGAGAAAUGCCUACAAUGGGAAUGACGUCAACUUUAUCGAUAUAAGCGACGAAAGCAGCGGUGAAGGAAGCGGUAGUGGUUGCGAGGGUCCAAAGUGCAGCGACGAGUUUGUGUUCAAUGCCACCGAAGAGACCAAGGUCAAGACAAGGAUACAUGUGGGAGACAAGGCUGUAGUAGCGGUAGAUCCACCUUCUGCGGCGUGUGCCAACACUGCUUCGCUGCUAGCGUUGUUCCUCAGCACCUUGCUCUUGAUGAGGCAGUGGAGAUAAUGGAAGACUGUUUUACGCUUUAGCAAACUAGACUUUUUUUCUCUCAAAAUGGGAGUGCACCUUUUUCCACUUUUUUAAAAGAAAUUCAUCAAAGGACAUUUUGUUUUUUUAACGUAAACCGGCAAAGGUGUAUCAUUUUUACCAUGUUGCCACUGGUUCGUGUUGGAUCCAUCUGUACCUCCACACUUACUGUCAUGGAAAAUGGACUUGUUCAACCUGUUAGGUUACAGUAAGCUGAACGUGGCAGACAAAUGUGUAUAUACAGAUUUCUAGGUAGCUUUGCAUUAGUAUUUUAUCACAUUUCUAUGUGAUUAAUUCCAGGGUAAAACCUAACCAUGUAACAAGUACGCUUUUUUAUGAGGUAUCUGUACAGAAGCUUUUUUUUUUAUUUAUCAUUUAAUUUUGGAGGGGGGGUGACCAAGCCACCUGCAAAAAUUAGAUUCAGUUGAAAUUUUAGAUAUGUUAAUACGAGUUAAAAAAAAUAAUUGUAUAUGAAAUGUUGGGUUUAUCUAAACGUUGGAGUGACGCUUGGUACUCUGCGUGUCUUGUGAUGGAGGGUACGUCUACUGGAAAUUGGAUUUUACAUCGGUUUUAAGUGGUAUGAACACACAUGGCUUCAGUGACUUAGGUGUUGGUAUAUGUGUGUGAUAUAUUGCUGUACUGUAUUAAAUAGCGAAGCGUGGGGCGGUGAACCAAUGUGUUUCCAGGGUGCCAUCCAUAUAAAAUGAUGUCCCAUUAGGGAAUGGGGCAUUUGCAUAUCCAUUGUUACAAAAAUCUUCAAUUUUAAUAUUAAUUUCGGGUGAGUGAUACGCAAGAAAUAAUCAGUUCACCCCAUCUCUGGCUUAAAACAUUUACAAAGGUACUGAUCAUUCGUAUAAUACUUCGAAAGAACAACCAUCCUGUUGCCAACAGAAUAAUUGUGCAGAAAACUACAAAGUUGUUUUUUUUAGCUUUAAUCUGUUUUUAUUUUUUUGUUUAUAUAUAUAUAUAUCUUGUUUUAAAAUCAGCAGUGUUCAGAUCUGAAUGAUCAGCUCAGGGUCAUUUAUCUUAUUUGGUUUUUCAUGGUACACGUAAUCAUUCUGGCGUACAAUAAAUUCCGGAUGUAAAAUGGAGUGUGGAUUUCACACGUUUACCCGUUUCUCUGUAUAAAAUCUUUUAAGUUAGUUGAGUUUUAACUUUUUUUUUUUUUUUUUAAAAAACAAUUAAAAAAAUGCUUUUCUGUACAAAUUUAUCCAAGCCCACUGUUAUAAGGAAUAAACUGAUAUAUUGUGGACUGUCUAAAAUGUAUUUUGUAUCUAGUAAAGAAAUGAGAUCUGUGAGGUUCUUUCCUAGACGCACGUACCAAUUUGCCAUAGAAUAUUUAAUUUUAAACCAAUAACUUAUCUGUAUUAUUAAGGCAACCAAGCAUUUGUACAAAAAAAAAAAUUCUUCUCUAGAAAAAUAAUGAAAAAAAAAUUAAUCUAAAUGUUAAAAGUUGCGUGGGGGGAAAGUUGUAAAUAGCUUUAGUCGAGACGUGCGAGAUUGGAACGAAUACAGAUAUUUAGCAACUACCUCAAUUCUGAGGAAUUUCCUAUUUAGCUUUGAGGGCUAUGACUUUAGGUGGAAAGAAAUCCGGUCUCCGUAAUGCAGCUAGAAAAGCUGUCCCCGCAGACCUUAUUAGAUCGCUUUCGCUUUAAAACAUUUUCACCUUUUCCAGCUGUUUUUUUUUUUCCUGCGGAUUUGCUUUUGGGACAAUCGGCUGCUAAAAAUUUUUUUUUUUACAGGACCCCAAAUGAUGCUUGCAAUGGUUCUUUAAGUUGACCUUUGCAAAUCAUUCUCUUGUCUUGUAACGCUCGGAUUUAAGCAUAUCUUGGAUUCUUUGAUUUCCAUGGGUCCUGGGAGGAUAAGCAUUCUAGCUUAAACCAGCUGGCAGGCCAGUUCACAAAAA